GUGGUUGUGCCCGAUGGAGGAAGGUGACGGCAAGAAAAUAGUAGACUCGAGACACACCUUAAGGACCACACUUUUUGGAUUUUUGAAUCAGUUCGCGUACGGUGCGGGUGUUUUGGGCAGCGCAUACUUAUUAGGAUUGUUAGGAUGGAGCCCGGCAUGGUUAGUAUUCGGCAUCGCUGGAUGGGUGGCAAGGCAAAAUUAUUUAAGGGAGAAGGAAAUCAAAGUUGCCAUUAAUAGGGCAUCGAUUGCAGACGAGAAAGGCGUUAUACUUGCGAGAUUAGAAGAUCUACCCUCUUGGGUGUUUUUUCCAGAUAUAGAAAGAGCCGAAUGGGUGAACAAAAUAUUGAGGCAAUUAUGGCCUUUCGUCGGACAUUAUGUAAAAAAUCUUUUGAAAGAAUCGGUAGAGCCAAGUAUAAGACAGAGCUUGCCCUUGUACCUGAGAAGUUUUGUAUUUGAGAAAAUCAUCCUUGGUGACGUCCCUCCCAGAAUUGGCGGAAUUAAAGUAUAUCAAGAAAAUGUUGCCAGAAACGAAAUUAUAAUGGAUUUAGAAGUUAUGUACUCGGGUGAUUGUAACGUUCAGGUAAAAGUAAAAAGGAUGAAAGCCGGAAUUAAGGAUGUUCAGGUUAAUGGAAAAGUUCGUGUAGUUUUGAAGCCACUAGUUAAAAAGAUGCCCCUAAUUGGUGCUGUCACAGUAUUUUUCUUAAAUAAUCCUGUAAGUAUUCUUCUUAAAUGUUUAAACAUUGAUAAUUUAAAUGAAACUUAUUUCUAAAUAUUUGUUUCCUAA